AAUACAAGCUUCUUACUUUUCACCCAGGCACGGCCAUACCGGCACCUCUGUACCUCUGGACUGAGAAAACCCUCUGAAAGCUCUUCACUCGAUCCACGAAGUUGCGUAUAGGGUGAGCUUUGUUCUUUUCCUCGUUAUGGGUUUGCAGUUUUCUUCCUGUGGGGUAAGGAGUUGCAUAGUACAUAUACAUUCCGGCGCAAGAAGGCAAACCCACACUUUGCAUGUAAGCAUUGAUUGGUGUGGACGUUCAGAUAUGUUAGUGUUAUCUUAGGCCUACCUGGCAGAAUCAGCUGGCUGGUCAUUUCCAAAAGAGUUCUUGAUAUAUGGUUUGGAGUCUGCAGAUAUAACUGCUAAUACCGAUAUAUCUGUGUGAAGAGUAUUGAGUUUUUUUUUUUUUUGGGACCAUGCCUCGUAAGGUGAAUUAUGGACUUGACUAUGAUGAUGAUUACGAUGACUAUGAAGAGUAUGACUAUGAUGUUGAAAUAGAAGAAUAUGGAGAAGAACCUGAACCUGAUAAAAAGCAAGAGACUAAAGGGCUUUGGAGAUGCUCUAUUUGCACUUACGACAACGAAGAGGGCAUGAUUGUAUGUGAUAUUUGUGGUGUUGUGCGUCAUCCUUAUGUUAACACGGGAGCUUCUGACAAUAGCAAAACAGUUAACGCCAAAUGCAAAAAUUCUGGAGCAUCCAAAUUGGCCAAGUCUCUUUUUGCAUCAAUGCCACAACUGAUGCCUAAAGAGAGUGUGUUAUUUCUUAAGGAGGGUGAUGGUUUUCUGACAGAAGAUGGCAAUAACUACAAGCUUGGGAAUGCCCAAGGAGAAUUUUAUGAAUUUCACAAGUCUUUUAUUACUCAAGGCCAUCACCAUCUAAAAAUAGCUCCUUUCAAGUUUGAUGUUCCAUCCCCAGAUGAUGUGGUUUCUACUGGAUUGCGGUCUUCCAAAAUGGGGUUGAAAGGCACGGUUGCUGACACUAGGAGUUCUUACGUUUCAUCAAGUAUAAUGCAGAACAAUGAAUUGAAAGUACAGUCAAAUGGUGAAAGUUCAGCCAGCUCAUCAUCUUCGGUUCAGAAGGGCAAGGGGGAUAGUUUCAAGCUCUCUAAUGAUGUGGCAUUUGAUCAAAAAAUAAGUCAUAAAACUUCAGGCAGCUUACCAGCAUCUUCUGCCAUGGGUGAAAGUAAAAUGAGUAAAAUCAAGUCUACCCAUGAUGGCAAAAUUGAUAUUCAAUCUAGUGAAGAAUUGUCAGAUAGUUUGUCUGCACUGAUGAAAGUCAGAGACAGUCAUGGUGAAAUUUAUUCUUCUUCUAGCAAAGAUGUCAGACCUCAAAGGAGUUCUGACAACAUGGCUGUUGAUGUAAGAACUAAAAAAUCAGAUAAUACUAUUUCUAAAGGACCACAUCCACAAGUGCCUUAUAAACCAGAAAAAUGGAUGCUCCCUCAGCAAGCUGAAGAUACCUUGACACAGCUGAAUCUUGCAGUUGUUGGUCAUGUUGAUUCUGGGAAGUCAACACUGUCAGGCAGACUACUACAUUUGUUGGGACGAAUUACACAAAAAGAAAUGCACAAAUACGAAAAGGAGGCCAAGUUACAGGGUAAGGGAUCCUUUGCUUUUGCUUGGGCACUGGAUGAAAGUUCUGAAGAAAGGGAAAGGGGAAUAACGAUGACAGUAGCUGUUGCAUAUUUUGACACCAACAAAUAUCAUGUUGUUGUGCUCGACUCCCCGGGCCAUAAAGAUUUUGUUCCAAACAUGAUUUCUGGGGCAACACAAGCUGAUGCUGCAAUUCUUGUUAUUGAUGCAUCAGUUGGUGCAUAUGAAGCAGGUAUGGAUAGUGGCAAAGGACAAACAAGGGAGCAUGCACAACUUAUUAGAAGUUUUGGUGUUGAUCAAGUUAUUGUGGCAAUAAAUAAGAUGGAUGUUGUGGGAUACUCUAAAGAUCGGUUUGAUUUUAUUAGACAGCAAUUGGGAGUGUUUCUCCGUACAUGUGGUUUUAAAAAUUCUUCUGUGUCAUGGAUUCCCUUGAGUGUUGUAGAAAAUCAAAAUCUGGUGGCAUCUCCUUCUGAUGUUCGUUUUAAAUCUUGGUAUAAAGGACCCUAUUUGUUAGAUGCAAUUGAUUCACUUCAACCUCCAAUUAGAGAAUUCUCAAAGCCGCUGCUAAUGCCAAUAUGUGAUGUUAUCAAGUCCCCUACACUUGGUCAGGUCUCCGCAUGUGGUAAAUUGGAAGCUGGAGCUCUUCAGAUUGGAUCAAAGGUCUUAGUCAUGCCUUCAGCUGUUUUGGGGACAGUUCGCACAUUGGAGCGUGAUUCUAAUGCUUGCACUAUUGCAAGAGCUGGAGAUAAUGUAGCUGUCGCGUUGAAUGGUGUAGACGCAAGUCAUGUGAUGCCAGGAGCAGUAUUAUGCCAUCCUGAUUUUCCUGUUAAAGUUGCAAGUCAUUUGGAGUUGAAGGUGCUUGUGUUAGAGGGUGCAAAUCCCAUAUUGGUAGGAUCGCAGAUAGAGUUUCAUGUACACCACGCCAAGGAGCCUGCGAGAGUUUCAAAAAUAUUGUCAAUACUUGAUCCCAAGACUGGGGAGGUGACAAAAAAGUCCCCCCGCUGUCUCAUUGCAAAGCAGAGUGCAGUAGUUGAGGUAAUUUUGCAAGAGCCAGUAUGUGUGGCAGAAUCCUCUAGCUGUAAAGCUCUUGGAAGGGUGUCUCUAAGAGCAUCAGGAAGAACAAUUGCUGUUGGACUUGUGACCCGAAUGAUCGGAGAGCAAGAGUGAUGUAUGGAAUUAUUCACAGCAUUAGGCUAAGACGACAUUGAGAGAUUCUCAGCACUCGUGGCAUAUUGGCAGAUCACGUGUGAGGUUUCAGUUAUCGUUUUAGUAGCUCUAUGACAA